AUGAAGUUAAUCAGGCAUAUAUGGCAAUGGAAUGAAAAUGCAAAUGAAGAAGAAUUCCGCAUAAUUGAUAAAAUAAGUUGCAAAUGCGUUUUGAUGAGUAGAUUAUAUUAUAUGUCUGUGGGAGCUGCUGCUGUAAGUGGUGUAUCACGGCCCAUAGUAAUUAAAUUGUUAAAGCUAUGGCAGGGAGUUGAGGGAGAUUUGGAAGUACCUCACAAGGCCAGUUUCUUGUGGAGCACGUCUACUCCCUUAGGUUACAUAGCUGCCUUUAUUUGGAAUCUCAUCACAGUUAACUUUCUAGUUAAUGCUUCAGUGGCCAUCGACACUCUGUUCCUAUGGUUAGUGGCCAAUAUUCUGAUUCGCUUUUGCAUACUAAAGGAACGUUUUAAAAAGGCGGCUCAACAAACUCUACCCAUCAUUACGCAUGAACUCAUAAUAAAGAAUAUAAAAUCUCACACACAAAUCUUGAAUUUAGCCAAGGAGUUAGAUUCAAUAUUUGGUGAAAUUAUUUUCCUCAAGUCAUUAGUUAGCUGUUCACAAAUAUGCUUUUUGGUCUAUCGUUUUAUGGGAAAGGAGACUUCUGUGGCAACACUAAACUAUCCAUUUGUAUUUUUGGUAGCGGUGGUCAUGCAAUUGUUUUUGUACUGUUUUAGUGGCCAGCUAGUAAAAGAACAGAGCCUUACGGUAUCCACUUGUAUUUUUGAAAACUUCAAUUGGUCUGACUUGCCGGUGAAUUGCCAGAAAAUGCUGCAAAUGAUUAUGUUGCGUUCCCAGAAAUGUUCAAAUAUCAAAGGGAUAUUUUUUAACUUGAAUUUAAGUUUAUAUUUGUGGUUUUUUAAAACGGCUGGUUCGUUAUUAGCUGUACUUAAGACUUUCGAAGCUGAUGUAUAA